AUGGUUGAACGUCAGGUCUUGCCCUAUGGCAGAAAAUUUCAUCCCAAGUCAGGGGGUCCUGAUGCUCCCAAACUUCAGUGGUGUGCAGCAAAAUGGCAUUCCAGGAACUGGGGAGCACUGAAAGCUGAGAUCAAUGAACAGCAGCAGCAGAGAAUCCAAGCCAAAGUUCUUGGAGCAACAGGCAGGCAGCAGGAGCUCCGCACUGCCCUGGGGUCUCUGCUCUGCCCACCUUGGCUGCAUCAGGAAAGGAUCCCUGGCUGGCAGGGGAGACUCCUCAGAUGUGUAACCAGGUGUGAAGUGGGGAAAACCCGAGCAAAAAUGUCACCAAAGCUCAUCUGCUUCUUCCUCUGUGCUCUGAGUGCACCAAAUCUCUCAGGAGGAGAUGCUUUGUUACCAGCACCUCAGAGUAUCUCCAUUCUUUCAACCAACAUGAAACACUUCUUAACUUGGAGUCCUGUGAUCAUCCAGGGAGCAACUGUGAGAUACUCCGUUGAGUUUCAGGGGGAAUACGAACGGGAAUACGCCAACGGCAGCUGGAUCCCCAUCUCGGAGUGCUCCCUCACCACAGCCACGCUCUGCAACAUCACCCAGGACAUCUCAGCCACUGUGCCCUACAAGCUGCGGGUCAGGGCAGAGCUUGGUGCCACCAGGUCACAGUGGGGCACCAUGGAAGGAUUCUUCAACCGCGCCAUGACUUCCCUGACCCCACCCCUGCUGAGGGUCGUGGCAGAUGGGCACCAUUUACUGGUGGAGCUGGCAGACAUGGGACCCUCUUUCCAGUUCCACGUGCUCUACUGGAAGAAGGGCCAGGAGAGCAGGGUGCAGCAGAAGGUGAUGGAGGAGGUGAGCUCCGUGGUUCACCUGGACACCAUGGAGGCAGGAGCUGAGUACUGUGUGAAGGCUCAGGCACACGUCGAGGCCAUCAACAGGAGCAGCAGCUUCAGCCCCACACAGUGUGUGAGGGCACAGGGUGACACAUCCGUGUGGUUGGUCACUGCCCUCAUCUCCUCUGCUGGCUUUGCUGUGGCAGCUUUAACCCUGCCUUACCUUACCUGGAAAAUAAGUAAAAUCUUCCAGUAUUCCCUCUGCCCCACUGCUGUCCUUCCAGACACACUGAAAGAAUCAGAGCCCCCCACCCAGCUGAUCCUGCGGGGCAGUGAAGAAGAUGAACAAUGUGACCUGAUGGUGGUUGUGGUGCCCUCAGAAGAAGUUCUCCAGCUGUGGAUUCAAAAAGCACUUUAA